AUGAAAUUAUAUUCAGACCGGCUGCUGGAAUCGCCAUCAUCAAUAGCCGGUAGUGCACGUUCAACACCGGCUAUUCAACAACUGGAACAUGAUGUUAAUCGAAGAUUCUCUCAGCCUCAACAAGCCCCACCACCCAGUAUAGACCCCAGGAUUCCUCAUCACCUACUUUUGCAUCAUGGCACUGCACCAAAUAUGGAUUUUCCUCAACGAUCACGUUCCGUAGCUCCUCAGAAGAAUCCACCAGCUAAACCAAGACAAAACCGGAAAAAUAGAGCGUUGACCGUUGCUCCAAAAAUGUCUGAAUCGGAGCGCUUGUUUUCUCAGAUGACUCCAAUAAUUCGCGAGACGAUCUUCACACUGUGUUCUUCCAAGACGCCUCCUGUACCGCCUUACCUACUGCCUCCGCAUAUAAUUCGACAACUCGUUGAGCACAUUCUUCAACUAAUUCGACAACAGACCCCUCAAUCGACAGGUGCUCAAAUGCCUACUCAAAUGAUCUCUCAAGUGCCUACCCAUAAUCUCCAGCAGGCCAAUCGCUUGGUGCCUUCCCAAAUACCUGUUCAGAUGCAAACUCAGAUGAAUUCUCAAGCGCCUCCACAAGACCUCCAGCAGAUUCUUCAAUUUCAUCAGGCAGCUCAACUCGCAACUUCUCAGCAGCAUACUCAAUUGGCUCCUCAGGAACCUCAAAAGAGCGUUCAGGGCAAUCCGCCGAGCAUCCUUCAACAGAUGGCGCAUCAGAUUCAACAGUUGAAUUCCCAGCCCACGCCAUCUCCAGCGUCUACUCGGAUGGCCACUCCUGUACCUCAUUGGAAUAUUCAGCAGAUGUCCCAGCAAAUUCAUCAGUUGGAAUCUCGGUCCGCGUUUUCUCCAGUCCGUUCCCGAAUGGCCACUCCGGUACCUCAAUGGAGCCUUCAGCAGACUCCUCAACAAAUCCUUCAACAGAUAGCUCAGCAGAUUGGUACCCAAAUACCUCAGCAAAAUGUCCAGCAGGAUGCUCAGCAAGUUCUUCAGAAAUUGUCCCAGCAAGUUUGUCAAUUGAAUGCACAGCCAACGUUUUCACCACUUCAUGCUCAAAUCGCUCACCAAGCUCCUCAAAAAGAUCUGUCGCAUAAUUCUCAGCAGAUCCUUCAGCUGAUGUCGCAGCAGGUUCAUCGGUUGGAUGCUCAGACAACGUCAUCUCCGGCGACACCUCAGAUAACUUCUCCUGCACCUCAGCAGAGCCACGAGCAGAUUGUCCGUCAGAUCAUUCAACAGUUCCUACAUCAAAUUCCACAAUUGAAUGCUCAGUCUAUGCCUCCUCAGCUGCUCACUCAACUUCUCCAACAGAUAUCUCACAAAGUUCCUCCAUCAGUUGUUCAGCCCACGCCUGUACCCGCUCUUACUCAGACGUGUCUCCAAGUACCUCAAUCGCCGGUACCUCAGCAAAUCCCAUCACAAAUGGUAACCCAAAACACAGUAACAGUACCAGUGACAGUGAUAGAGUCAAGACAGUCACUUACCAUAAACGCCCCGGAAGUUCAACUGCCAAAAGAGACAUCAUCCACGGGGUCUCGUAUAUUUGAUAGAUUGAGUGCUGUGAAAAUGGAAAAUUUGGAACAGUCGGAACAGUUUGAUGCGGAUCUUGAACAACAACGUAUUGCGAAGUUGGAACUAACAGAGGAUCCGGCAGAAACAUCGACAUCGCAAACUAUUUCGGCUGAAGACGAUGCUUUACAAGGACUUCUUAUGAUGAUGAAACAAGACCAGUUCUCUCAGGGCGAUAGGCAGUCAACACAGCCCGAAAUUGGAAAACCGACAAUUCAAUAUCAACGUCUUCCCACUCCAUCUCCUGCAGCUCAAAAAAGGGCUGCGAUAAAAUUACAAAAGGAGCAACAGCAACAACAGAGAAAGCAAGCUCAACAACUAAAACAACAACAACUACAAGAACAAAAGCGACAAAAGCAGUUACAGCAGCAGCAACGGAAACAACAACUAUUAGAACAACAGCAACAAAAACACGCCCAGCAAGUAUAUCAUCAACAAUGGUUACAACAACAACAACAUCAUAAACAAGAGCAGCAGAACCCGCAAAUGAUGAUGCAAAAACAACAUCAGCACCAAUUAGAACUGCAGAGGUUACAACAGAUGCAUCAAGAGAAACAGCUUCAGCAACAACUUACCCAACAACAAAAUUUGAUGCAUAUGAAGGCUCAACAACAAACUCUCCCACGCCCUCCGCCAGCUCACUCUGUACCAAUUGGAAUGGAUCCACGACUCUGUAACGGCUCAACACACGGAAUAGAGCCACGACAACUUUCUCUCGAUCCGAGACUUUCCGCCACGGAUCCACAGAGAUUUGGAUCAGACCCAAAACUAUUUGGAACGGAUGUACGGCACUUCCUCGCUCAACUUAGUUUACCGCCUGGAACGGAUGUAAUCCAAUUUCUGUCACAGUUUCAAUCUCUGUCAGUUCAUCGACCACCAAAUCAGAAUCCUCCGUCGCUACCUGAAACUACUAUGCCAGUUGGGAGCUCAACGCAGACCCAUUCUGCAUCUCAAUUUCCUGUCAGACCGCAAGAAAAUGAAACUCAUUCUGUUAACACUGCUCAGUCAAAUGGAUUGUCGCCUGAAGAACUUGCAAAGUCUCUUUUCACUCCACAAGUUAGCAAACCAGUCACCCCAAACAUUCUUCGUAAACCCCGAGGCAAUGAAGUUAACACCUCUUCAAAUCGACUUGCCGACCAUCCGUUGUAUGGGUCUACAAUUCCCCCGUCUGUACAGUCAUUGUCAGGACUAGCUCAACCACCUGUUCCAGCAGAGCAACAACCAGCUCCUUCAGCUCCAAACACUCCACGGCGAAGAAAACAAAUUUUAAUUUCUGACGACCAUCAUCAGUCUACUCUAUUGAGUCCUUACCCUCAAGUGAGCGACGGUUUUGAUUCAAUCAAGGAUACCAUUGACGCCGUGGCCGAUCCAUCAUAUAUGAGCGACGAUUUUGAUUCAAUCAAGAAUAUCAUUGAAGCCGUGGCCAAUCCUUUAUUUGUUCCAUCUUCGUCUGGAGAACAAGAUUAUGGACUGAAUAUGAAUUGCGACUUCCCCAUCGAGAAAAGUGGAGCUGCUGAAACAUCGAGCGUACCAAAACUAAUUGAAGAUGAAGUGAUGCAGUUAGUUUCUCCACAUAAAAGGAAAAGUCAUAAAGCCAAAAAAGAUCCCCAACCACGUGGACGACCACGCAAGAACUGUGCAAACCAAUUGCCCUUUGCACAACCGUUACCACAAAUCCAGGCACCGCUCGUGGCUACCGGAAUAGACGAACUGGCUGAAUUAGCAUCUGUAAAUUACCGAAGAAAAUCCAAAAAUGACGCAAAUCAUGUCGAAGAUGAGGAAGAGGAAAGAGAAAGGCAAGCAAUAUUGGAAGCCCUACCAAGUAAUUUACGCAAUCAACUUAAAAAAGAAAAAGAAGGAAGAAAGAAGGGUUCAAAUAAGAACUCAAUAUCUGGAGGAGCAAUUGUGACACCAACGGAAUCAUUUGAGGAUGAACUCUCUACGGACACCGUCCUCAGUAUUUUGGAAAACAUGACUACCACGGAUCCCAGAUCUUUCUUAGCUGGUCUAAAACCAAAUACGUUUGGCAAUUCAGAGUCACCAGACUUCCCGCCAGAGGUUGUCUCCAAGCUUCUUGAAAACUUUAUAGUUACUCUCGAGCAACCACUAAUAAAACCACAACAAGAUAAAGAGCCAGAAAAAGUUGAAGAGCUUCCUCCACCUCUAGCCACCUUCUUUGCUGUUGCUGGUGUUCGACUGUGCAUUCUCUAUGAGAACCCAGUAACUAUUGGUCAUGCGCCUAUUUGGACAGACAAUUCUGGACCUUUACUUCCAUAUGAAUGGUAUCGGGAUGGCCCGAAAAUCAAACGGAGGCAAAUGUUGACUCAUCCGGGUCUGAUUACACUGUUGGAAGAAAUUGAGCGAAGCAAGAACCUCCCACCAAAAGAACCUGUUUUCAAACCCAAAAUUGUCACAAAAGCUGCUCUCAAGUGGAUGCCGGAAAGCAUGCAAGUCUCUCAAGAGUUCACUGCCCCUCAAUCGCCAGCAUCUCUUAAAAGAAAAAUGGAUGAUACUGAUUCUCAUGAUACUUCUCAACCUACUGCAAAAAAGGAACCAUCGGAUAUCGAGUUUUGCGGAAAUCCUGAAUCUGGUGAUAUUUUUUUUCAACCACCUGCAAAAGUGAAGCCAUCGGAAAUCGAAUUAUCUGAAGAAGUUGAAUCUGAUAAUAAUUUUCAACCACCUGAAGUAAAGGAACCAUCGGAAAUUGCAUUGCGCGGAAUAGUUGAAUCUGAUGAUACUUUUCAACCAACUGCAAAAGUGAAACCAUCGGAAAUUGACUUGUCUGAAGAAGUUGAAUCUGAUGAUAAUUUUCAACCACCUGCGGUAAAAGAACCAUCGGAUAUUGAAUUGUGUGGAACAGUUGAAACUGGUGAUAAUUUUCAACCACCUGAAGUAAAGAAACCGUCGGAGAUCGAAUUGUGCGGGAACGUUGAAUCUGAUGAUAAUUUUCAACCAUCUGCAGUAAAGGAAUCAUCGGAAAUUGCAUUGCGCGGGAUAGUUGAAUCUGAUGUUACUUUUCAACCAACUGCAAAAGUGAAACCAUCGGAAAUCAAUUUGUCUGAAAAAGUUGAAUAUGAUGAUACUUUUCAACUACCUGCAAAAGUGAAGCCUUCGGAGAUCGAAUUUCGCAGAAGUGUUGAAUCUGAUGUUGCUUUUUUUCAACCACCUGAAAAAGCGAAGCCAUCGGAGAUCGAAUUUUGCGGAGAAAUAAAAUCUGUUGAUACUUUUUUUGAACCACCUGCUGAAAAGGAGCUAUCGGAAAUCAAAUUGUCUGAAGAAGUUGAAUCUGAUAAUAUUUUCCAACCACUUGCAAAAGUUAAGCCUUCGGAGAUUAAAUUGUGUGGAAUAGUUGAAUCUGUGCCAGAACCACUUCAUGACUCUACACCAGUAAAUGAAGGUCCAUUCAAAAUUGAACGCAUCACCGUUCAAAAAUUCAAGCCGGAGAAAAACAAGAACAAGAAUAAGAAGUUGGGGUUUCGUACAGUGAAUUCUCUCCGUAAAUUCAUCACCGAGUUGCAAGUCUUCACAGAUGUAAUUUUUGAAACUAUCAAAUCAGAAGGAAUAAAAACAGCGAACGCAAUUUCAUCUUUGGUAAAUCAUCGAGUAGCAGAAGACAUCAAUAGACAAAUGAAUAAUUUUGUUCAAAAUUGUGCCACUGCUGCAUUCAAAUAUGGUCGAAACGUAUUGCUCUGCCGAACUGGAGAAUCUACUGUGACUGAAUUUGCAUUUGAUUCAACAAGUUUGGAUUCUGGGCCCAGAUGGUGCUCGUGGCAUGAAGCCUUGGUCAAUUCAUGUGUGAAAAACGUCACGAGCAAGUUGGUUGCUAAUAAAAUGAAGGAAUUGCGUGGAUUGGUUAAACCGGCUUGGCGGUGGUUGAAACGUAUCAAAGAUCCAAGUUGUAAGAAAGAAGCAUCGGAAUACGGAAAGCAGAUUCGAAGCAUCUAUGACACCUUAGAGUACAAAAUGGAUGAAUUUAAGAAAUUUGGUCAGCUUCAACUCCACAGAACAUUUGAAUUCAAGUAUAGAGCGAUUAAACAACGAGCCGAAAAGUGGAUUGCAGUUAAAAAUAACUACAGAGAAGUUGAGCUGGAGAGAGAAAUUACAAGUUUGAAAAGAGCGGCGGUCGAUUUUAUUGGAGCACCGCAACGUGGACGCCAGAACAGGCUUUGGCCACGAUUGAAAAAACUCUGCAACUCUCUUUUCCAUUUGAUUCAAACGCAUGAUGCCGUGGUGGACGUUUGUAUGUUUGCGUCUCGACUCCAAGCACUCUACUAUCAUGCUCACGAAGUAUUCAAGGACAAAGUUGACGUCCCGGAAACCCACAAAGUUUUGCAAUCUUUAGAGGACACUGAGCAUCUCUUCAUCUUGGCCGAAACCAAGGUUCUUCUUCUUCAAAUGGGAAAUAAAUCUGGGAGAAUUCAGUUGAUAGACGCUUAUAUCCAAGGAGACGCUUUCAACGUGGAAAAAGGCAGAUUAAGAAGAUUAAUGAUGUCAAAGGCUCACCCUCAAGUCAGAAAGAACAAUUUCCCAUCUGGAAACUGGGAAACAGUAAUCAGGAAAGAAGAAGAUCGCUGGAGGAAAACUGAGAAACCUGGAAGACGCAAUUUCUUCGAAAAAUCUCAGCUAAAAAACUUUGACUACGCACUCGCAAUUCCACCAGUUUUUUUAUCAGAGACUGCUGGAAACCAUACAUUGACACAGAUGUUUAUGACGUUGCCACAAAUGACCAGUCUAGUGGAUGAGAAGUUCAAAUCUAUUGCGGACGCUGACAAACGAGAACCAAAAAUGUACAUUCAAGCGAUAGUCCCACUCUUCCGAAUGCAGCCCAAAGGCUUUCAGAUCCCACAUUUUAUGCUAAGCACUCGGAAACGACCACACAAAAACGAGGAAGUGCAGGAAUUGCCAAAGUCUUUUGAACAAGAAGACCAAGAGUUGUUAAAGAGAUAUCGCCAUCAAUUAGCAACUUCCGGAACAGUCGCUUCAGAGAAUGGGGAAAAUUGUGUACCAUCCAAUCGUGGCAAACAUGAUGAGAAACAACUGGACGAGGAAACUCUAAGAAUGUUGAAAAACAUGCAAAGACUGAAAAUGGAACAGGAAUUGAAGAGAAUGCAAAUCAUGGAGAGUGCAUUCAAAAAUAUUUUGUCAUCAGAGGGAAAUGUGGUGGAUCGAAAAAUUGAAGAACUCAGUAGCCAUGACUUGGCGAAUGCAAAGGUCGAGCACACAAAAGGCAUAAAGUUCAAUCCAAAGAAAACAGAACAGAAUAUUCCGCCUUCCAAACAGGAGCAAGUUGUCAGCUCUGAAUAUGAACCCGAAGAUGACGUGAGUAUUGUGUUAUGCGCUAUACAACGUCUCACUGAACAAAAAGCAAGCAUAAGCAACAAGAAAGAAAAAAGGAGCAAACGGCAAGAAAUUGAAUUCCUGACGGAUCGGUUCGUACAUUUGCAGAAGAUCAAAGCAGCUUCCAUGCAGAAAAUGACGUCACGUGUACAGAAUAACUGGCCAAGAACUGUCACGGUAGCUGACCCUCAAUUUGAACACAUGCUGGAUUCAUUGGAAUUUUACGAUGGAUAUCUUUUAGACAAGAUGGACGCCGUUGAUUUCGAAAGUGGCAAACUGGAAGGAAAGUAUCAUACGCAUGACAUUCAACCGUUCGGUAACCCCGACUGUCAACCUUCAAAAUCCACAAAAAAUUGUAGAAAGUGA